AUGGAAACAAACAAUGCGGAGAAUCUUCAAUACCAAGAAGACCAAUCGAAUGAAUGUAACAGAACUGAGUGCAUUAAAAAGAACGGACCUAACUUCUGUGAACCAUGCCAGUAUGAUGAUUCGUUUGAAGAAGCAACGGGAUUUUGUGUGACAUGUUCCGAGUAUUUGUGUCAGACCUGUUGUCGCGAUCACAAAAGAAACAAGGUAACAAGAAUACACUCGCUGUUAAAGAAUGAUGAUAUUCCUGUUGACAUAUCUCCGUUUAAGACCAUAAAGCAACUAUCGACAUGCGAAAAUCAUCAAGAUUAUGACAUCGCAUACGAGUGUAAAGACCAUGAAGCCUUGGUAUGCGUUUUCUGUCUCAGGGAGAGCCAUCGGAGAUGCGAAAAUGUCCAUGAGCUAGGAGUUGUUGAUUCUGCCGAUUCGUAUGUUAACGCCAUAGCUGCUCUUCAAGAAAGAAUACAUUUGUUAAAUGCACAAAAAGAAGAGCAACGGAAGACAAUUGAAAUUGAGCAAAAAGAGGUAAAAAACCGCAUUCAAAGUCUUGUAACUGAAUGGAAGGAUGAAAUAACUGUCGUGGAAAAUAACCUUGAAACACAGUUAAGCAAAAUAUCGCUUUCCGAGACAACGCAAAUAAUAGAAUCUAUUGAUCGCUGUAAGGCAAUCGAUACUGAAAUAAAAAGAAACAAGACGUUGAUAGAAACACUUAUUAAAUACGGAACUAAGCGACAAAUAGCUGUUGUGUUGAGACGAACAAACCAAGCUCACGUUGAUCUUAAUGACCAACUUCAAAUACUUGAAUGUCAGCGUCAACGAAGUUUCUCGCUCAUGAACUUCAACGGAUUCGAUUUGCUAGCAAUGAUCGCAUUCUUACAUUUAGGAGACGAAGGCAUAGAUAACAUUGACUUCUUGGAGCAUGCAUGCGUUGAAAUGGAUGAUACUCUAGAUUUGGAAGAUAAACCAAGGGAGGGAAUACAACAGACCAGUUUUAAUGCCUCGGACCCUGUUGCAAAACAAAGGUCAUCAAAACCAUUCUCAGAUAGAGAAAGUGGACAAAAAAUAACUUUGUUUAAGAUUAAAACAGAAACAGACACAAACACUUGUGGUAUUUUUGCCAUUAAAUUAACAGAAUAUGGAGUUCUUGUUGCUGAUCAUCGUAACCGAAAGCUUAAGCUCUUCAGUCGAAAAUUUGACUUAAUUUGUGAACACUUGCUUCCCGGUCAGCCGGUAGACAUGUGUUUUGAUGGAACCAGUGUCUAUGUUUGCUACUCAGACCUGAAGAAAGUGACGAAACACAAAGUAACCGAAAAUGCGAUUUUGCAUGAAAUGGAAUUUCCAACUAGGCUCCAACCAAUUAGUCUGACCGUGUUUGACACCCGACUGAUGAUUUUGUUUGUAACUAAAGAGAACUUUGACAGUACCGCAGCUGACAAUGUUCAAAUUGAAAUUCGACAGGGAAGCUCCAAAGAUGCCACAAUCUCGUACGAUUCAGACGAUGAAAGAUUUAACCAUGUAGAAGACGCAAAGCAAAUCUCUGUCCGUUGUUUUCUCGGAAAACUGGCGGGUGUCCUGUUAUACCGUCGAUACACAGGCUGGGAAACUAAAAGAUCGACAAUGGUUUUCCAAGUCCCAUGA